AAUGCAGCAUCUGGUUCUGCAAACAUGCAAAUAAGAACAAGCAGUGCAGAUGGUUUCAGGAUCAGUGUUUCAAGCACUCCUAGUUGUUCAAGUCAUGCUUCUGGGCAUGAUGACAUAGAAUCGUUAGGAGAUGUUUUUAUUUGGGGAGAGGUUUGGUCUGACAUGACUUCUAGUGAUGGAUCUGUAAAUUCUUUGUCAUCCAAAAGUGAUGUUACCAUUCCUAAACUCCUAGAAUCAAAUGUAGUUAUAGAUGUUCAACAAAUUGCUUGUGGUGUUCGCCACUUUUCUCUUGUAACCAAGCAAGGGGAGGUCUUUACUUGGGGAAAGGAAUCUGGAGGUAGGCUUGGUCAUGGAAUUGAAAAAGACUUUGGUCGCCCACGACUUGUGGAAUUUCUAGCAGUCACUAACGUAGAUUUCGUUGCAUGUGGUGAGUUUCAUACAUGUGCUAUAUCGACAGCCGGUGAUUUAUAUACGUGGGGAGAUGGGUCCCAUAAUGCUGGAAUUCUUGGUCAUGGUACUGAUGCCAGCCACUGGAUACCAAAAAGAGUUUCUGGACCUUUGGAAGGACUUGUAGUUAUUUCAGUUGCUUGUAGCACCUGGCAUACGGCGUUGGCAACUGUUGAUGGGAAGCUAUUUACAUUUGGUGAUGGAAAGUUUGGUGUUUUAGGGCAUGGAGAUCGAGAGAGUGUAAAAUAUCCAAAGGAAGUUCAAUCAUUAAUAGGGUUGAAGACUUCGAAAGUUGCAUGUGGAGUAUGGCACACUGCAGCAAUCGUAGAGAUCACAAACCAUCAUGGUGGACAUUCUACAUCCAGAAAGCUCUUCACUUGGGGUGAUGGUGAUAAAUAUCGACUGGGUCAUGGAAAUAAGGAUACUUACUUGCAACCAACCUGUAUAUCAGCCCUAAUUGACUACAACUUUCAUCAACUAGCGUGUGGACAUAGCAUUACUUUAGCUCUUACAACAUCUGGCCAUGUCUUCUCUAUGGGUAGUCCUGCAUAUGGUCAACUGGGGAACCCACAAUCAGAUGGAAAGUUGCCUUGCUUAGUACAAGAUGGGUUGGUAGGUGAAUUUGUUGAAGAAAUUGCAUGUGGAGCAUACCAUGUUGCUGUUUUGACAUCAAGAAGUGAAAUAUUUACGUGGGGAAUGGGUGCGAGAGGAAGACUAGGGCAUGGGGACACAGAAGAUCGCAAAACUCCAACACUAGUGGAAUCAUUGAAAGAUAGACAUGUUAAAAGCAUAUCAUGUGGCGCAAGUUAUACUGCAAGUAUAUGCAUUCACAAGUGGGUAUCUGGAGCAGAUCAAUCAGUUUGUUCUGGUUGUAAACAAGCAUUCGGUUUCACUAGGAAGAGACAUAACUGCUAUAAUUGUGGGCUUGUGCAUUGUCAUGCUUGUAGUUCAAGAAAGGCUCUAAAAGCAGCACUAGCUCCGACUCCUGGAAAACCUCAUCGUAUUUGUGACUCCUGCUAUACAAAACUUAAGAAGUCAGCUGAGGUUGGGAAUAACAACGCAUCUACUUAUCACAGGAGAGUUAAUACGCAAUCCACGCUAGAUAGCAGUAGGAUAGAUAGACAAGGGAGGACUUCUAGGCUUUUGAUGUCUCCCAACAUAGAACCAGCGAAAUACCUAGAGAUCAUGUCGGCCAUGUAUGGGCCAAAAUCUGGUUCUUAUUCUUCAGUAAGAUCUUCACAAGUUCCAUCAUCUCAGCAAUUGAAGGAUAUUGCAUUUCCAUGUUCACUCGGUGCCCUUCAAAAUUCACCAAGACAUGUUGCCACAACAUCAUCACUUCCCUUCCAGCCACAGUUUCUGCCACCCCCACAACCUCCCUCUCAACCCCAACCUCAGGCAGCCAACUCUAGACCUGCAUCACCCUACUCAAGAAGACCAAGUCCUCCAUGCUUUGGAUCUCCAAUGUUCUCAAGGGGCGUGAUUGAUGGUCUGAACAAGUCAAAUGACCUUUUGAACCAAGAAGUGUCCAAGUUGCACAACCAAGUGAAAGCUUUAAAGAAAAAGACUGAUCGUCAGGACUUAGAGAUUCGAAAAUUGCGAACUCAUGCCGAAGAAUCUGCUUCCUUAGCAUCAAAAGAAACUACCAAGUGUCUAGUUGCUGUGGAUGUCUUCAAAGGUGUCAGAUCUCAGUUAAAGGAGUUGACAGAGAAGCUGCCUCCUGAAAUAUCUGAUGACCAGACCUUCCAGGCACUGAAUUCUAAAGUAGACGACUUCCUUCACACCCAUGGAACAGUUCAUAGAACCCAAAGUCGUUCUCAUUUGCAAUCAGAUGUGCCUAAUGAGAUUAGUAUAUCUAGUGAAGCCGCAAACAGGAAGUAUCAUAAGAUCGAAAACAGUGAAGAUGUUGAAGGAACCGAAGACAGAUCACAGAACGCUGAUGUUGCUCCACUGGAGAAUAAUGGAUCUUAUGUUGGUAAAAACUCAGAAUCUGCAAGUCAAACAAGCACAGAUGGUGGCUCAAGAUUACCCAAGUAUCCGAGUGGUGACGAAAAGAAAGAAGUAAUUGAACAAUUCGAACCUGGUGUAUAUGUAACUGUCAUCCAACUUUCAAAUGGCACCAAAAUAUUCAAGCGAGUUAGAUUCAGCAAACGAAGGUUUGUGGCGCAGCAGGCUGAAGAAUGGUGGAAGGAAAACAAAGGGAGGGUGUUCAAGAAGUAUAGUCCAGCAAAGCCAAGAAGCGGUCCAAGUACAUCUGCAGCUCAAACCACACCUAAUGAGGAACCAUGA